AUGCCCUCGAUAUUUCGCAAUCCUUCCAACACAACCCUUGCUUCCAAGCAAUGGCAUAAUCGAUAUGCAGCCUGGCAAACCCGCGAACUGGCUCAAAGGAAGGAAGCUGUCAAGAUCGAAGCUGAGCAGAUCAAACUUUUUGGUGGCGAACCCGGCGACGACAUAAGCCUUUGCUACAAGAUGAUGGAGGUGUUCGAGGGCAUGAACUGGAUUGAUUCACUGGAAUAG